AGGUAGCUAGUUAGAACAGAAAAUUACAACAUUAAUCAGUGCUUAUAGAAAGUUCCACUGUACAAUGGAGAUUUUAACUGUAUAUAGAACUGAAAUUUAAAUCAGGAUGGCCCCUAUGGGCUUUCAUUUUACGGGCUAAAUGUGUGCAUAAUGAGUGCUAAUUACAAUUUUCAGAUGACAGUAGUAACUGUACAAGUAUUACAGAAGAGUGCAUUGGUUCAUUCGACUACUGUGGCACUCUGUAUGGACCUAAUGGCUACCAAGAUAUAAUUUGCGUGGAUGGCCAGUGCCGAUGCCCUGGAAAUGACUUCUACGACUACUGCACUUGUCUACCACAUAUUGGCAGUUGUUUGAUAAAACAAGACUCUGCAUCUAUCGUUGGGACUCCAACUACUGAUGGAGACUCUGAGACAACUUAUGGUUGUGUGGCAUCAGACAACUGUAACUAUGAAGUCCAUGUCAUAGGAAAUCAUGAGAGCAGUAAUGGAAGACAAGCGUGGUUAUUUACAAACCAGAGUAGCGGGAGACACAGACGUGGUAGUCAGAGUCUCUGGAGAGAGUCCUCGUCCUCUCAUACUAGUUCUGACAUCCUAUGAGCCAGUGAGGUGGAGACUGAGUGUCACUAGUGGAGUCACCAUCGACAGAGUCAUUCUGAGUGGAUACUAUGCCAGUGCUGUCACUUCAAGCAUCAGCAAUGCUAUUAGACAAACUGAGACACUGAGGGAGCCUGACAAUCACUCUGGAUAUGGGUUUGAUCAUCAUGAAGAAGGAAGAACUUCAAAGUUUCUGCUCUACCUUCAACAAAGAUUUGGUCCUAUCACUUCAUUCAGCGGUAGCUUCAGGGCGAAUCGAUGGGCGCUCAAUAUUCACAGAUCGUCAAGUUGCAGUUUCAACAACAUGACUCGCAGUUGUCCGGUGCCCUCUGCUCCAGAGAAUGGAACAGUGAAUGUGACUGGAGUCCAGCCAAUUGUUGCCAAGUACAGUUGUCAUGAGGGAACUCUGGUUGGAUCAGAGAUGAGGACAUGUCUGGGUAAUGGUUCCUGGUUUGGAGUUGAACCUUCCUGCAGAACUGGAAACGUGUGUACAGUAGCUCCAAUUCGAGAGUGCCCAUCCCACAUGUACUGUGGAGAUCUCCCCAGCUCCCAUGACGACUACUUUGAAAUUACCUGUGGUGAAGAUAAUGAUUGCAGGUGUCCUGGGAAUGACUACUAUGACAACUGCACAUGCUUACCUCAUAUUGGCAGUUGUCUGAUAGAAAAAAACUCAGACUCUAAUGUUGGAACACCAACAUCAUAUGGUGGGGGGCAAGAGACAACAUAUAGCUGUGUGGCAUCUGACAACUGUAACUAUGAAGUCCAUGUCAUUGGAAACUAUGAGAGCAGUAAUGGAUUACAUGGGGGGCCAUUUACAACCAGAGUAGCAGGAGUCACAGACGUGGUAGUCAGAGUCUCUGGAGAGAGUCCUCGUCCUCUCAUACUAGUUCUGACAUCGUAUGAGCCAGUGAGGUGGAGACUGAGUGUCACUAGUGGAGUCACCAUUGACAGAGUCAUUAUGAGUGGAUAUUGUGUUGGUGUCAGUUCAAGCCCCAGCAACGCUAUUAAAGAACUAGAGACACUGAGGGUGCCUGACAAUUACUAUGGAUAUGGCGCUGAUCAUGAAGUUGGAGGAACUUCAAAGCUUCUGCUCUACCUUCAACAAAGAUUUGGUCCUGUCACUUCAUUCAGUGGUAGCUUCAGAGCUGAUCGAUGGGAACUCAAUGUUCACAGGACAUCAGGUUGCAGUUUCAACAGUAUGACUCGCAGUUGUCCGGUGCCCUUUGCUCCAGAAAAUGGAGCAGUGAAUGUGACUGGAGUCCAGCCAAUUGUUACCAAGUACAGUUGUCAUGUGGGAACUCUGGUUGGACCAGAGAUGAGGACAUGUCUGGAAAGUGGCUGGUCUGGAGAGGAACCUUUCUGUGGUCCUGGAGACACAUGCAGAGAGGGAGAAUUUAGAUGUGCAGAUGGAUCAGGAACCUGCUACCCACUUUCAUUCAUAUGUGAUGGAUAUCUAGACUGCAGUGAUGGAUCAGAUGAAGAACACUGUGACAUAUGUUCUGGAGACAUAAUAUGUGGAGAGGGAGAAUUUAGAUGUGCAGAUGGAUCAGGAACCUGCUACCCACUUUCAUUCAUAUGUGAUGGAUAUUCAGACUGCAGCGAUGGAUCAGAUGAAGAACACUGUGACAUAUGUUCUGGAGACAUAAUAUGUGGAGAGGGAGAAUUUAGAUGUGCAGAUGGAUCAGGAACCUGCUACCCACUUUCAUUCAUAUGUGAUGGAUAUCCAGACUGCAGCGACGGAUCAGAUGAGCAACAUUGUGACAUAUUUGAGCUCACCAGUCCCAGUGAUCUGUUUAUGGAUGAGGGAGCAGUGGAGAGCUUCACUAUCUGCUUAACUGUCAUGGAGGAAGUGGAAGGCUUUAUAUUAAGGGAGUUUAGUAUUGUUACUUACCAAGCUGUUGCAGGAUCAGCGAAAGAUGAGAUUGAUUAUACCCUUUUUAACCAAACAAUAACAUUUGUGGGAAACUAUUCUCUUGGAGACUCUGAGUGUGCAGUGGUGGAUGUGACAACCAUCGACGAUAACAUUGUGGAGGGAACUGAAGUCAUCUCAGUCUUCAUUACUCCUGGACCUACAGCAACCAUCUCCAUUUUCAUCAUUGAUAAUGAUUAUUUGGAGGUUGGUUUUGAGAGUGAGUCACUCUCUGUGUCUGAAUCAGCUGGUGGUGUGGAGAUAGCAGUGAGGGUGUUUCCUGAUCGAGAACGGAAAUAUUCCUGACAUUGGCAAACCAUUUGGUCUGAGGGUUACCAGCAAAGAUGGGUCAGCUGUUGCGGGGAUGGACUAUCAAAGAGUGUUGUCAACAGUAUACUUCCGUCCGGGUGAAAAUCCAGUGUCUGUGUUGGAGAUCAGUAUCAUUGAUGAUGGACUAAAGGAAGACAAUGAAGUGUUUGCUCUUGAACUGACAAGUUUUGAUCUACCUGUUGUUCUGGUCAAUAGCGUUCUAAAAGUUGUCUUGAACGACAAUGAUGACGGGUGUCCCGACCUAAAGGCUCCAGCAAAUGGCUCUAUUCACUACACUAGUUCAGAUGUUGGCUCACAGGCAAACUACUCUUGCAAUGAGGGAUAUACACUGGUUGGGAUGAGUAACAGAGUCUGUCAGAAUGAUGGGACUUGGAGUGGACAGCCACCUCUCUGCCAGAGUGAGGUGUGUACUGUGGAACUGGAUGGGCCGAUUGAAGUAACUGGAAGUUCGGCCACCUAUUCAUUCAGUGGUGUUGGUACUGGGAUCAGUGGCUACAUCUGUAGAUUGGAUGCAGUUGUCCUACCAGACUGUUUAGGUCCACUGACUGGACUCAGUCGUGGGUCACACCGACUGAGGGUGGUUCCUGUUGGGUGCAGCGUUAAUGAAGGAGCUACGUUUCUAUUUGAUGUUUGAAACUUCGAGAGUUUAACUGACUUUUUUCCCUGAGUUGUAGAUGUUAGGAAUUUUCUGCAAGAUUAAAUUUGACAACUCAUGACAUAGUUUUAGUAGUUCGUUUCAGUAGGUUACUAACAUCUACUUGUUGAAUAUGUACAAAAAUGCUGUGAAUUUAACAAGCACUUUGUGUUUUGACAUUGUGAUGAUGUUGGUUGUUG